GAGAUGUAUGGGAUGUAAAUGUUUUAAAAAUUGAGAAGAAAUUGUGAAAGAAAACGAAGCUUUUUUUUAAGCAAGCUUCAGUUGUGCUGAAUAUAUAGAUCUCCGGCUUUCUCUUCCAGCCAAAUUUAGCAACACAUCCAUAUCUCCCUCUGGGACACGCGCACAAUAAUCAAACCCGAGACAAGUGUGUGAGGCACCACGCAGUGCUGCGUUUCUAUUGGUUGUUUAAAUGUUGGUCUAAACGAGUGAAUCUGGGCCUCUUGCAUAAGAAAUGGAGACAGGCAAAAGAUUAGGAGGCUUUAUUUGACAGUGUUUUGGAGAACAUUAUGAAUUAAUCUCAUAAAACCAUGCCCAUAAUGAAAAGCAAGAUUUGUUUGCUUAAUGGGGCGGCGCUAGGGGUGGCCUAAGGGGGCUGGAGCCCCGAAUGUUUUUAUUACCAUGCAUUGUACACACCAUCACUGAGAGAAUUGAAUUAAUUAAAUGUAGGAUGCUAUAUCUCUCGACUCUCGCAUCAUAGCGUCCGUCAACCGACAAGAACCGCCCACUCAGGCUAGUGCUUCUGACUGACAUGUAAACUGGCCAACCAUCGAUGAGAAGCUCAGCGUCUGUACGAUCCAGCCAAUGAAAUUAAAUAUUUUGGAGCCAGGCGGUUUGUUGAUGUGUUUAUUAGUAGCCUAAUGAAUGAUUAAAAUGGACGGUAUCAAAGUUCUUCCAAAAAAAAAAAAAAAAAAAAAAAAAAGGAAGUAAAACACCCCCAGCCAUCACUAAGAUACAACAGCUUCAGCAGUUCCUGAUGGAGAUUCCUGCUGCGGGGAAAGAGAGGGAUAGACACCGGUAAGACAUGCCGAAGAGAAAGGACUUCCUGGCACUUGUUUUGAUUGUCGUACCGUGGACGUUACUCCUCACGCUUUGGCACCAGCGCGCUGCUAACCCGCUGCUUCCAGUUGCGAAGGUUAACAGAUCUGGGGUCAGUAAAGCUCACCAGAGAAACUUUAGACUUCAUGAUCCCUGCAUCACAAAAAGCAAGCACAUCUCUGAGGUCAGGCAGACGAAGUACGUCCACAGCCGCUCUCCACCCUGGUCUGGUGCGUUGCCAACUCUUCACGUCAUAACUCCAACCUACAGGAGGCCCGUCCAGAAGGCAGAGCUGACCCGCCUCACCAACACUCUCCUACACGUCCCCAACCUUCACUGGCUGCUGGUGGAGGACGCGGCGGAGAGGACGGCGCUGGUGUCCAGACUGCUGGAGAACUCUGGACUGAAUUACACUCACUUGAACGUAGAGACGCCUCAGAAUCUCAAAGUGCUCAAGAAUUCAAAAAAAAAUGCUCGUAUUCCUCGUGGCACCGUGCAGAGGAACCUGGGUCUCCGCUGGCUGAGGGAGAACGUCAACCCCAGCUCGGGUCAUCAAGGGGUCGUGUAUUUUGCAGAUGAUGACAACACGUACAGCUUGGAGCUGUUUGAGGAGAUGCGUUGGACUCGUAAAGCCUCCGUCUGGCCGGUCGCCUUCGUUGGAGGUCUCCGCUACGAGUCCCCCAAAAUCAACUCUCAAGGCAAAGUGUUUGGGUGGAGGACGGUGUUUGACCCUCGUCGACCUUUCGCCAUUGACAUGGCUGGGUUUGCGGUGAACCUUCAGCUCAUCUUCAGCAAACCUCAAGCCUACUUUAAGGUAAAAGGGGUUAAAGGUGGAUACCAGGAGAGUAGUUUGCUACAGGAUCUGAUCACUCUCAGUGACCUCGAACCCAAAGCCUCCAACUGCACAAAGGUACUGGUUUGGCACACCCGGACCGAAAGACCCUUGCUUGUGAAUGAGGGGAAAAAGGGAUUCACAAAUGCCAGCGUGGAAGUAUGAUGAACUGUUUUAAAUACUGAAGUAUCCUGUCAAGUGGACCGACAGCAAGAAAGUAUUAUUCAGAGUAUUUGUCUAAAACACUCUCACUAAAGGAGUUUAAAGGAACUGUAAAGAGUCAAGAGUUGUUGUGUUGGAACCAUAGAUGUAUAAAUAUAGAUCCCUCACUCUGUUUUUAUGGGCCGAAGCCAUCCGCCGUCUGUGAACACUCAAGAGAAAGUUUACUAAGUGUCUACAACCGUAGUUAAAUGCACGUGUGGAUAGGCGAACAAGACGAAGCCGUGAGCUAACACAGCAUUAAAAUGUUACCAACCAUAGUGUAAAAACCUUUUAUAUUGAGUUAAUGUAUAAAAACACCAACACAUUCUCACCUGUGAUAGGUUAUCCCAUUUCUUCAGGAAUUUAAAUCUCAGCGGAUUAACAAUCAAGCUGUGCAAUGUUGUAGCAUCAUUGAUUCUUACUGUGAAUGACGAUACUCUGACUGUUCCAAGAUGGCGGACGUGCACGUGUGUCUGUAACAACUUACAGAAAGUGCUCUGGGAAAAUUCCAUUCCGAGCUUUACAAUGCUGGUUUGAUUUAGGAGUUCAGAUACAAUUUGGUCUGAUUGCUUAGAAAGUUAUUAACACACACCUUUCCCUCAAUUAAACUGCCCAAUACUAGUUAAAGUUUAAUUCAAACGUCAAACCAUAAAUACAAUUUCAGCAUGAAAUCAUUCUCAGUGUUUGCAAAAUGGUAAUGCUGGAAUAAAUGCACUAAUGUUAACACUUGGGUGCCUGUGGAAAUUGUUGAAAGAAAACAAUAUUUAAGUUUUCAAAUCAAACUGCACUAAUACAACUAAUGUCAGCUGGUCCAAAGAGACAAUCAAAAAAAUUAUUUCUUGCCAACAAAUUAAGAUCAAAAAACACACUCAAGUGGCAGCCCAACUAACACAAAGUAUACACAAUUUAGCAUUUGAUAUAUAGUACAGUUCCCAGCAAGACUGCACCUUUUCAUGAAAACUUUAGAAUAUUCAUGGAAUGCAAAGAGCCCGUGUAUAUAAUAAAAAAUGUUUUUAAUAAUUGUUUAACAAUCUCAACAGUGACAUAAUUAUUAUUUUUUUUGGUUCAGGCACUUUGGUAGUGUUCAUGUCUUUAAUGUCUGUGUCUUGAUUAAAUGUCCACUAUCAUUCCCAGAUCAGGAGAGUCUUCAAACUGGAUUUUAAAAUCCGCUUCUGCUUCCUCAAACACAAUCACCUGUUGAACAACAGAUCUUUCAGUCUUUAUUUCUUGUCAGUGAACAUUCAAGAUUCUGAAUAUUUUCACAAGGAUUCAAGACUGAUAUUUACAGACUAAAGCAAAAAACAACCAGCAGUUCUUAGGAGCCAAAUAAAUCCUGAUUUCUAUAAACUGACUUGGUUCAUUCCGCUGUUGAGGAAGGGUCCUGGUAGAAACAGAGCUUGCUGAGGUCCGGCAUCCCAGUACCGUCCGAUGUUUU